AUGUUCAAGUCGGCGCGGUGGAGGAGCGACAAGAACAAGGUCAAAGUAGUGUUUAAGUUGCAGUUUCAUGCAGCUAAGGUGUUGCAAAAUGGAGGGGAUGCACUGAUAGUAUCUGUUGUUCCUGCGGAUAAUGGAAAGCCUACAGUUAAAUCGGACAAGGCAUUAAUUCGGGAUGAGAGUUGUUUCUGGGAGAAUCCAGUGUAUGAGACUGUGAAGUUCAGUCGAGAACCCAAAACAGGGAAGAUUCAUGAGAGGAUGUACUGCUUUGUUGUAGGGACGGGAGCGUCUAAAGGUGGAGUUCUUGGAGAAGCCUCAAUUGAUUUCUCAAAUUAUGUGGAGUUAAAUAAGGUUUCCCUGGUUGCUCUUCCCCUCAAGAACUCAAAAACUGAAGCUGUAUUGAAUUUAUCAAUUCAGAGGAUCCAAGAAGAGAUCGAAGAAACUGAGAGUGUAAAACUAUAUAAAGAAAACAGCCUGAAGUCGCAGUUGAACAAUGUCGACGAAGAUGGAACCAUAAAGAGCAGUUCUGAUGAUCUGCCAUUGAACAAGACUGUUACCCACAUCGUUAAAUUCAAUGGCAACCGUCGAACAUCCAGUGGAUCUGAUCUAACGAUUUCAAGCUCUGAUGGCAGUUGUGGAGUUGAGAUACCAUGGCAACCUCAGAUCAAGAAUGGCAGUGCCCAUCAAGAGCCUGCUUCAGAUUGGUCAGGCAAUUCUGCACUUGAAGUUAGUACAGACGACUCAUCUGGAACCCCUAGAGACACCUUUCUAAGGCAUAAUUCGGAUGAAUCCUCGGGUAUUGUGAUUGAGAAGCUCAAAUCCGAAGUUGCUGCUUUAUCCAGACAAGCAGAGAUCUCUGAGUUAGAACUUCAGACACUUCGUAAGCAGAUUGUGAAGGAGAGCAAAAGGGGGCAAGAUCUUUUUAGAGAGCAUGCUUGCUUGAAAGAGGAAAGAGAUGCUCUGAAGGGAGAGAGUGAUAUGCUCAAUGCUUCAAGGAUACGAAUAGACGAAGCAAGAAGUAGAACAAAUUCGCUAGAUGAGGGAGGGGAGCCUUAUGCGAUUGUUGAAGAACUGAGGCAAGAGCUGAAACAUGCUAAAGAACUAAAUGCCAAUCUCAGAGUUCAACUUCAAAAGACUCAGGAAUCAAACUCUGAACUAUUGCUUGCAGUGAAGGACCUUGAGGAGAUGUUGGAGCAGAAAGACGGAGAUGCAUUGAACCUCACAAGUGGAUCAUCGACUAAAGACGUGGAAGAAAAGACUUACAGAGCAGGCCAAAAACAUCGAUUUCUCAAUGACAGUGAUGAUGAAGAACAGAAAGCUCUUGAGGAGCUCGUGAAGGAGCAUGAUGACACCAAGCAAUCAUAUGUUCUAGAACAACAAAUCAUGGACAUGCGUAGUGAAAUAGAAAUCUACAAGCGAGAUAAAGACGAGCUAGAGAUGCAAAUGGAGCAGCUUGCACUUGAUUAUGAAAUCAUGAAGAGAGAACCAUGA